GCACACAGGAAGAAAGGAAGUACGUAAGAAAAAAGAGAGAAAGAAAUAAAGAUAGAACGAUCUUUCCUGUUGAUGUGCUGCGUGCAUCAGUCCCCCUCCCAUUUCAUCAGGGAGACCCCUUUCUGAACAUGUUUUUACUGUGACAUGAGUCUGAGAGAGAGAGUUAUUGUAGGCAUCGCUGCAUAGUCAGAGAGUGAGAAUUAAGCAUCACUGCAGGUGCACAGAGCAGACACAGCAUAUUGACCAUGAAGCCUGGUCAAGGGAACCAGGCAGAGAGAUGGGUAAAACAACACACCAUUCUCAUCUGGGUUUCAUUUCAGUUUGUAUUACUGGCAGCAGACUCGGGUGUAGACGUGACGGUGACCAGAGGGCAGAGUGCCGUCUUGCAAUGCCCCCUAGAGACCACCAUGACGGAGGGCGUGAUCAGCUGGUACAAGCAGAUCUCGGGCCAGGGUCCUAUCCUGGUUCUGAGUUACGGCCUGAGUGGCUCCUCGCUGGUCCGCUACGGAGUGGGGUUCCACAGAGAGCGCUUCUCGGCCCAGCCCAGAACCAACCACUCCGACUCUGGGGCCCAUCAGCUGCUCAUCAGCACCGCGGAGGAGGCCGACGCGGCCACCUACUACUGUGGCGUCUCUGAUAGAAAUGAAACAGAGCUGGGUCACCAGUGAUAGGUGUCAUUCAUAUCAAAGACUUUUUUAUGUAUCAUGUCUUUUUUAUGUACCAUGUUUUGAUUUUGCAUAAGGUUGAUUUGUGCUCAUCAUUACUCACACAAUUGCAUUGUCCAAUAACAU